AUGGCCAAGAAGAUCGUAGAAUAUCUCGGCUGCGCCUGCAAAGCGCGAGCUAGAACUCUCAGGAAUUGGUAUGUGGCCUAUGUCCGAAUAUACAAAUUUUGAAUUAAAUCUGAACGUCUAACUUGCAGUAUUUUUCUUGUUGGUUGACUGAAUCUCAAAAAUGAAAGAACAAAGUCCUGAUUGCAAGAUUCUUUCCAAGAUUACUUGGCUCUAAUUUGCAAGAUUAUUGAUAUAUAUAUCUAUGCCAACCCACCAUUUUUUAAUCAUAACAUGACCAGAAAGAAGGGCAAAAUACGCUUACUAAUCCGUUAUUCUUAGCUAGCUUAACUAUGUUGCCUUAUAAGAAAAUACCGCCCUCGAAGAUUGCGUAUAUAAAUCCGGGGUUAGGAGGUGAAUACGUAUUUUAAAAUUUUCCUACCGUACUCCAGCAGCCCCAAAAUGACUUGGCAAGAGACUGCAGCCAUGAUACUGCCGUAUUACGAUUGCACAACAUCGGCGAUCUCAUACGUUCUAAACGUUUUGGUAAUCUAUUUGGCAAGGACUCAGAUGAGCAAGAGCACGGCCGAAUACAAAGUCAUCAUCUUACUCAAUUGCGGGGUGGAUCUGAUUUUCUCAAGUAUUAACUUGAUGACCGAGACCGUAAGUUAUGUUAAGCUGAAUGGAAUCAUAUUUCACACGUGUUUAGAGUAUUUUCAUACCAUAAUAUAGGCGGUUUAGAACUAUAGAACAGAAUGCCAAAAAUUGGCGGGAAAUUGAAAAUUUGAAUUUUUAAAUCUUUUUACGUUCCUAAAAUGACAAAAUACGUUUGCCGAUGACACAUAGCUUCGCAAAUCACCAAAAAAUUGUGUUGCAACAGAAUGCCAUAAAGUCAGGAUUUCGUUUCAAAACUCAAACCAAACAUCAUUUUUAACCUACAAUUUAUUGAAAACUGCAUUUUCAGGUCGCAGAAGUUCAAGACGGCAAUCUUUUUUUACUAAGCACCAGUUUUCUCGGUGAUGUUCCUCAACCCUACGCGGCAAUGAUUACUUUCACAUGGCUAUGGUCUCUAUUGCUCACCGUGGUUACCGUGCCCAUCCAAUUCCUCUACCGCUACAGUCAGCUAUGCCUCCGGAACCCAAUCACAACCAAGCAAUACUUCCUCAUUUACGGUGGAUUUAUUUUGGCGUUGGUGUUGCACUGUGCGGCGGGGAAUUUGGUAUUUGAAACAAAUCCAUUGGUGCUGAGGAAAUACGAACAUUUGAUGAGACGGAAUCCAAUGUUCGAAAAACGCAUGCCCGUUUUUACGUUGGGAGUCAAGGUGAGAAUUUUUGGAGUACUAAAGUGGUACCGUUUGGAGCCAUUAGAUUUUGAUGAAAAGAUCGUUGAAUAUCUCGCCUGCGCUUGCAAAUGGAGAGCUAAAAUUUUUAGGAACUGAUUUAUAGUCCAUUUAGAGUAACCAUGAGAAAUUUGAGAAAAAUUGGGCCAUUCAAUUUGGAGGAUUUUUCCUUGUUAAGUUGAUCUCCUUACUACAACAAAAAGCUUCGAAAACCAAUAUUUUUGUGGGUAUAUCAGUAUUUGCUGUAUAUGGGGUUGAAAAAGACACUAUUUGGCCUAAUAUAAAUAAAUUUUUGGCCAACCUUUGUUCUUCAGGACUCUCCAAUCCAAGCCCUUCACAUGUUGAACUGCAUGGUCAUUGUUAUCACUGCCUAUUCGAUCGUAAUUUAUUGCGCAGUCAAGACCUUGAGACAUCUGAAACACACCGCCAAGUCUUUGUCAAAGAGCACACUAGCCGCACAGAAGCAGUUGACCAUCAUCAUGUUCGUGCAGGUACGGAAAAACCGACCCUUCGGACAUUACUUUAGGCGACGAAUCCGCUUUUCAUGCUGAAUUUCCCAAUUUGUCUGGCUUGCGUCCUAACUCUGCUCAACCUCAAUGUCAACGGAAUCUCGUAUUUCAUGGCGCCGGUUGUGGCUUUCAUACCGAUUUUGAAUCCGCUCUGCGUAAUCCUCGUGAUUCCCAGCUUCCGGAGAUUCGUUUUUUGCCAAAAGAGAGGCAAAAAUAAAAGAGUUGGAUCAACCACUGAUGCGACAUUGAUGAGAAAUUCUAUUUCCGCUAUAAGCUAA